CAACAGUGGCGCUCUGCUCUGCAUUUUCAUUACAGUUGAAGCAAAAACUCAAGAUGCUGCAGUUUUCAAUCCAACGAGUGAGAAACAUGAGGAGAUUGAGUCCUCGGAUAAUUGGGGUUGCGAGUUCGCAGUUUUCCACUGCUACCGAAUCAUCUUGGAGGCAUGGUAACUCACUGAGGGUUCCGAAUCUAAUUGGUGGUACCUUUGUGGAUUCACAUUCACCUGAUCACAUUGAUGUCAUAAAUCCGGCAACACAAGAAGUGGUUUCUCAAGUACCGCUAACAACAAGGGAGGAGUUCAAUUCUGCAGUAUCUGCUGCAAAAGAGGCCUUCCCAUCAUGGCGAAACACACCAAUCACAACACGACAGCGUAUCAUGUUUAAGCUCCAAGACCUUAUUCGUAAAAACAUGGAUAAGCUUGCCUCGAAUAUUACAACAGAGCAAGGGAAAACACUGAAGGACGCGCAAGGAGAUGUAUUCAGAGGGUUGGAGGUGGUGGAACAUGCAUGUGGCAUGGCAACCCUACAGAUGGGAGAGUACGUGCCCAAUGUAUCGAGUGGAAUCGAUACCUACAGUGUUAGAGAACCCCUUGGUGUUUGUGCAGGAAUCUGCCCCUUUAACUUCCCUGCAAUGAUUCCCUUGUGGAUGUUUCCUGUUGCAGUCACAUGUGGAAACACCUUUGUUCUAAAGCCAUCUGAAAAAGAUCCAGGGGCUUCAAUGAUUCUUGCUGAGUUGGCAAUGGAGGCGGGUUUGCCCAAUGGUGUCCUGAAUAUUGUCCAUGGCACUAAUGACACUGUUAAUGCUAUUUGUGAUGACGAAGAUAUCAGAGCUGUAUCAUUUGUUGGUUCAAAUACAGCUGGAAUGCAUAUCUACUCAAGAGCUGCAGCUAGCGGAAAACGUGUUCAGUCCAAUAUGGGAGCAAAGAACCACGGAAUUGUGUUGCCUGAUGCAAACGUUGAUGCAACUUUGAAUGCUUUAAUAGCAGCUGGUUUUGGUGCUGCUGGACAAAGAUGCAUGGCUCUUAGCACCGUUGUGUUUGUUGGAGACUCAAAAUUCUGGGAAGAAAAGCUAGUGGAGCGUGCGAAAGCUCUCAAAGUAAGUGCUGGAACAGAUCCUGAGGCAGAUCUCGGUCCAGUCAUUAGCAAGCAGGCAAAGGAAAGGGUAUGCAAAUUGGUCCAAAGUGGGGUUGAAAGUGGAGCCAGACUAUUACUCGACGGCAGAAGUAUUAAGGUUCCAGGAUAUGAACAAGGUAACUUUGUCGGUCCCACCAUCUUAGCUGAUGUCACCCCUGACAUGGAAUGUUAUAAGGAGGAGAUCUUUGGCCCUGUCCUCAUUUGCAUGCAGGCCGACAGUUUGGACGAGGCGAUAAAGAUAGUCAACAGAAAUAAAUACGGUAACGGUGCAGCGAUUUUUACGUCUUCUGGAAUAGCUGCAAGAAAAUUUCAAACUGAAAUAGAGGCAGGCCAGGUCGGUAUAAAUGUCCCUAUACCCGUUCCGUUACCCUUCUUCUCGUUUACUGGCUCCAAGGCUUCGUUUGCAGGGGAUCUCAAUUUCUACGGCAAGGCUGGGGUUCAGUUCUUCACACAGAUAAAGACAGUGACACAACAAUGGAAAGAUUUACCAAGUGGUGCUGGAGUUUCUUUAGCAAUGCCCACUUCCCAAAAGUCGUAAAGAAAUUGACCGAAAACACGCUUUUAACUAAAACUACUUUCUCAAGUACGUUUGUCCUGAUGAUGUGUAAUAACGUGAUGAUGCUCUCCUUUGUUAGUGUUCUCUCAAAAGAAAAUGAAAUAAAAAUGAAUCCCAACUUCUCAAAUUAAAA